GUUCUGAUGUAACUUUUGGGUCGCUUCAAAUAAAUGAAGAGAGAGAGAUGUUGAAUCUAAUGAGUUAUUUGGUGUUCAUAGCCCACGACGUUUAAGUCUUUCUGAGCAAGAACUAGAAACACUAGUUAGUAUUGCACAGGGGAGUGAGAUCAAAAUGAAGAGGGUGACGACAGAGUCUAUUCCAGAACUCGCUGAUCGUCUUGAGUUUCUUAAGGCGAGGGCAUCGACGGAUUCCACUCAUAUCCAGUGACCCUUUGCUGAUCUCCGUUUGGGAGUCUCUCCGACGCCGAUGGUUCAUAAACCUCGAUGGUCAGAUGUGGUGGAAGAGGGUCCGCGAUCUAAGCUGUUAGAUCUUCCUGACAGUUUGAUGGUGACCAAAACCAGAGGCAUUAGUCAUCCACAUGCAGCGAUUGAGGGUCAAACGGAGAAGCCGACUAUGUCAUCCUCUGGUAACGAUGGAUUAGGGCCUUUUGAUGUGGGUGAUCGGGCUAUUGUUGAGAGUGGUUAUCGAUCAAAUGAUGACCGAAACCCUAACAUCGCAGAUGUUGAUCUUACACAUAUUCUAGCAGCAGGGGCUGAUGGUAAUACCCAGCGUGGAGGCUGCCAAGCUCGUGGAAGGGGGGCUACUGCUAGAGGUACCCGAGGGGGUAGAGGCAUGUAUAGACAGGAACCUCGAUCUUGGGCAAAUGUUGCUUCUGCAUCUGUUCGAUCUGAGGUAAAACUUCAAUACUUCCCUCCUAAAGUGGAUAAUGAUAAGAUCGUAGUUAAAAUGCCACCUGUUUCCCCUUUAGCUAAAUGGGAGGCGUGUUUGGUAGGGUACUUUAUUGAUAAGAGGUUGCCUUACACACUGAUAAAAAAUAGUGCUUUUAAUAUGUGGCAUAAUAAGGGGCUUCUGGAAGUUAACAUGAAUGACGAGGGAUUUACCUUGUUCAUUUUUGAGAACAAGGAUUGUUGCAAGGACAUUCUGGAUGGAGGGCCAUGUUAUGUUGGAGGUUUUCUAUUAAUCCUCAAGCAAUGGCAUCGUAUGAUGAAACUCUCAAAGGAAGACAAGAAGACCAUUCCUGUGUGGGUGAAAUUUUACAAUAUCCCUAUGGAAUUCUGGAAUGGGGAUGGGCUGAGUAGGAUAGCAAGUGCUGUUGGUGUCCCUUUGUUUAUGGACCAAUGUUUAUGGACCAACUCACUUCCUCUGGUAACAUAAUCUCCUUUGCCAGAGUUUGUGUAGACAUACAAGCUGAUUCUACAUUUCCAGAAUACUUCUUCAUCUCAAGUGAGGGUGAAUCUAUGGAAAUUCAAGUUGAAUAUCAAGGUGUCCCCACAAGAUGUACACACUUUAAUGUCUUUGGCCAUGAAACUAAACUGUGUGUCUCUGCUCAAGUAUCUAAACUAUUGAGCUACAACAUAACACCGAGAACAAUGAGCACUUGUGUGGAGAGGAAGCUGGCUGGAGCAAAGUGAAGGAUAAGGGCAAGAGGAAAGUAGGUGAACUGCCCCCUACACCAAACCCUAUGAGUCCUACAGAAAUCUCUAGUUCAUCAAUUGAAUUGGGGGUUGGUCGGGGAACUCAAGAGGGAGCCAAUAUGAGCAAGGAGGUUCCUGACACAAAUAAUUCCAUAGCUAUAGAGGAGGAUGCAGUUAUAAUCAAGGCUUCAGAACAGGUGGCAGCUUUCCAUUGAGAGGUGAUGGACAUUGUCAAACUGAUCAAUCCAGGAGCUGAAGACCUUAUCCAGGAAGUAGGGGGAAUGAAAGAGGGGGGGAAAACCCCUCCAGAUAUAACAAGGCAAAAGAUGGAUAGAGCAAAUAUCACUGGGAGUUCUACAAAGAAUAAGUCUUCUGGCAAAUCUGGGGGAGCUAGAAGAAGAAGAAAAUGUACAUGGAUAAGCUGAAUUUGAAGAUUGUGAGUGAGAAUUACCUAUAUCAGUGGGCCGAGAGUAUUGGAAGGAAAACACACAUCCAUUCCCCAAAUCCACUAGCCACAUUGAGUGUCUUUGAUUUAUACUUGUAUACAUUGUCGUCUUUGCUGUGCAGGUACCUAGAGCAGAAGACUCUUGAGGGAUGUGAGAUUCUAAAUUGUGGGUGGAGUGUUGUGAGCCCACAAAAUGAGUGCUGUUGGUAUAAUUUGAAUGUUACUAUGUUCAUCCUUCCCAUAAAUAAGAGAUAUUUAUUAUAUCAACUAUUUUUGACAGGAAAUACUAAAUGGAGGAUGCAUUGGGAGUUUUGUGAAAGAUUUUACGACUGCUGGAAGCACUUUAGGAGUGAAGGAAUCUGUUUAUAUUUGUUGUGCCUGUACUUGGGUUUUGUUAAUGCAUGUCUCUACUUGUUGGCAACACCUGCUGUCAAUUCUUUCCUCCCAACUUGGCAUGUUGUUUCUUGGAAGCACCCAAAUGGUUUGCAUGGCUGCUGGAAGCGCCUGAGGAGUGUAGAAAAUUGUUGUUUCAUUACUUUGUAUAUAUUUUUAGUUUUAUGUGUAUUCUUUGAAUAUUUUUUGAACCUAUCCUUGCGGGGGUGUGCAAGGGUCGCUAGUUAUUUUGGUUUUUUUAAUUCUUCUAGGUUACUAUCACGGUGGACUGAUUCUAGUAUUUUCUUUACUAGUUUAAGCCUAGUGAAUCAAACCAUCAAUUCACAUUAAAAUGCAUAAAAUAAAAUAAAAAAUUGUCCA